AUGGCCGACGCAAAGGUGUGUCUUCCUUCUCCUCUAUUACGGCCGAUACCUGUAUAUGGACAGAGAGAGUCACUUUCACCUCGGAUCCCAAACCUUCCAUUCCAGCCGUGGGUAUCCACAGAUCUUGGACUUAAUUUAGUGAGAUCUUUCCCUCUAACGGCUUUUGUGACAGUCCAAAAUCAGGUCACACAACAGCACAAAGACGUCGAUAUUCCCUCUGGAUUCCAUAGAAUUGUACGUACAUUAGACAAUAAAUCACAGGAUAAUCGGACGGCUUCCAUUUCUAAUAAGGACAGCUCGGACGUUGUUUCUCCAUCUCCGUAUCCUUAUCCACUGCAACCAUUAACACUACCAAAUCGUGGACAAAUCAUACCGCAGUUUAAUACCAACCGAAAGCUGUUCCCAUGUCCUGAAUGCAGAUAUACCACAGACAGGAGAAACAACCUCAAAAGACAUAUGCUUACAAUGCACAGACGUUGUGCAAAACUCAUGGAAUGUUGCGGUGUUCUUUUCACAACAAAAGCCUCUUUAAGGGAACAUUCUAUGAUAUUUCAUUACCAUGGAUACACGUGUUUCUACUGUGGCCGGCGUUUCUGCCGGAAGGCACUCUUGAAGCGUCAUCUAUCGGUUCAUAACGGACAGAAAGAUUUUGUUUGCCCAGUAUGUGAUUACGCGACCAGCCACAAAAGUAACUUAGAGCGUCACAGAAAAAUUCAUUUGCGUAGUGAUGAAACGUCUUCACCUAGUAUGGAUUGCGAAGAAAAGUGUGGGUACUCAAAUUCUGCAAGGAUUGGAAGUGACACCGGACAAUCACACGAGUCGGAUAUUUUGUCAGAUUCGUCUGAAGAAGAAAUUGACGUGAGUUAA